AUGGCGGAGUUAGCUCUAGCAGCAAGCAUUAUUACAGUUAUCCAGUUAUCAGCCAACGUUGCAAUUCUAGGCUAUCAGUAUAUUGAAAAGGUAAAGCGCUCCAAGAAAGAGAUCACGGCGCUAAUUGAAGAACUCAAUUCACUCCACGAAGUUCUCAAAAUACUUCGAGAUCAUAUCCGUGAACAUCCAGACUCACUGACCAAUGCUGUACAAACACUUGGUGGUGAGGAUGGCCCGGUUCAAGGAUGUAAUCAGGAUUUGAAUAUUUUGAGGGAGAUAUUGGAGCUGAAGAAAGGUCUUAAGGGGCUUAUAGAGAGGUUGAAAUGGCCGAUUAGGGAGGGUGAAGUAGAUGUGAUUAAGAGGAGAAUUGAGAGACAUAAGAGCUUGUUUUUGCUAGCUUUAGCGGUGGAUCGAAUGUCGACGUCGGCAAGAACUGAUAGCGGACUCGCGCUCGGGAGACGUACAGAUAUACAACACAGGGACCUACAAACACAGAGAGGUACUACCUACAAAGCGAACCAAGGAGAUAUUCUGAGAUAA